AUGGGGCCGCGGCACCUGCUGCUGCCGCUGCUCCUGCUCUCCCUGCAGCUCCUGGCCCUGCUGCUGCUGCUGCCCGCGCAGGCGGCCGGGCCCCCCCGCGCCAAGGGCAACCGGACCCAGGGGGCGGCGGCGCCGCGGCGGACCCCCAAGCCGGGCAAAGAGCUCCUGAACCAGACGCUGGCGGGCCCGGGGGCCGCCCCCACGGCGCUGCCCGGGCGCGGCAAGGGCGCGGGGGGCGGCAAGGCAGCCCCCGGGGGCGGGGGCGGCGGCGGGGGCUCGGCCCCGGCGCACGAAACGUGCUGGGGGUACUACGACGUGAGCGGGCAGUGGGACAAGGAGUUCGAGUGCAACAACAGCCUCACGGGCUUCCGCUACUGCUGCGGCACCUGCUUCUACCGCUUCUGCUGCAACAAGCGAGCCGAGAAGCUCAACCAGAGCCUGUGCCGCAACUACAAGAGCCCCGAGUGGGCCCACCCCACCACGGCCAGCGGCGCCCUGCCCGCCGACGGCGGCGACGGAGGCGACGGGGACGCCAACAAGUACGACCCGGACAAGGACAGCACCAACGCCACCGUCUACAUCUCGUGCGGGGCCAUCGCCUUCGUGCUCAUCGCCGGCGUCUUUGCCAAGGUGGCCUACGACAAGGCGCGGCGCCCGCCCCGGGAGAUGAACAUUCACAGGGCUCUGGCCGACAUCCUAAGGCAGCAGGGACCAAUCCCAAUCGGACACUGUGAAAGAGAGACUAUCUCGGCCAUAGAUACCUCCCCCAAAGAGAACACCCCAGUCAGAACCUCUUCCAAAAACCAUUACACCCCGGUGCGCACCUCCAAGAGCAACCCAGGUCACUAUGGAAAGGAUAUUUAUCGCAGUGGAGGGCCAGAUCUCCAUAAUUUCAUCUCCUCCGGGUUUGUCACGUUAGGACGAGGACACACGAAGGAUGACCAAGAACAAAAUUAUAAUCACCUGAUACUAAACAGUGCCACCCAGACACCUACACAUGACAAGCCACGAAUGAACAACAUCCUCACUUCAGCCACCGAGCCCUACGACCUGUCCUUCUCCCGCUCCUUCCAGAACCUCUCCCACCUCCCGCCGUCCUACGAGUCUGCUGUCAAGACGAACCCCAGUAAAUAUUCAUCUCUGAAGAGGCUCACUGACAAAGAGGCUGACGAGUACUACAUGAGGAGGAGACACCUGCCUGACCUGGCAGCCCGGGGCACGCUGCCCAUCAACGUCAUCAAAAUGUCUCAGCAGAGCAACCACCGGGACAGGCCCCGCCGUCCCAUCAGGGCCAUGUCCCAGGACAGGGUGCUGUCCCCUGAGAGGAUCAUGCCCGAGGAGUUCAGCAUGUCCUACGAACGGAUUCUCUCAGACGAGCAGCUCCUGUCGGCAGAGCGCCUGCACUCCCAGGACCCGCUGCUGUCCCCGGAGCGGUCGGGGUACCCCGAGCAGUCCAUGUCCAGGGCAUUGUCACACACAGAUGUCUUUGUGUCAACACCGGUCUUGGAUCGCUACAGGAUGUCAAAAAUGCAGUCCCAUCCCAGUGCCUCAAAUAACUUGUACAAUACCUUGAGUAUGAACCCGACCUCGGCCAAGCGCCAAGCGUUCGCCUCGCGCCGGCACAACACGGUGGAACAGCUGCAUUACAUCCCCGGCCACCACCACCACUACCGCACCGCCAGCAAAACAGAGGUGACUGUUUGA